AGAAGAAGCUUCCUCCAUCCAGCAAUGCCAAUUUAUCAUUCUCAAUCUCGAAACAGCUUGUUCAUCGACAAUCGAUCGGAGAAAUCACCAUUAAAAUUAAGCGAAGAUGGGGAAACAACCAGUUAAACUGAAAGCAGUUGUUUACGCUUUAUCGCCAUUCCAACAGAAGGUUAUGCCAGGUCUAUGGAAGGACCUUCCUGGUAAAAUCCAUCACAAAGUCUCUGAAAAUUGGAUCAGCGCUACUCUCUUGCUCGGUCCUCUCGUCGGCACCUACUCGUACGUGCAGCAUUUCCUGGAGAAGGAGAAGUUAGAACACAGAUACUAAAGUUCUGUGUUCAUCAUUUGUCUGGGGAGGACUGCUAUUUCUAUUUCUGUUUGAACAGGAAAUAAGUCAUGCUUUGGAACUUCUACCAUCAUUUUAAGGAUACUUACUUUUAUGGUUAAUUACAUGCAACUAGUUGUUUUAUGGUCUUUUGAAACUUUUGUGCAUCCUGAAUCUUGUUGGAGUCUGCAAAAUAGUUUAUCAUACACCUCAGUUAUUUGCUACUA